AUGACCACCCCACAAGACCUCCAGGAGGCACACGCCUUCUGGCGAGACACUGAGCCCCCCGGCUGCCGCAUAAAAAUCCUCUCCAUCAUCGGGGACGAUGCUGACGCCACGGACCCGAAGCUUUUGGAGCACCACUUCAUCUACGUCUGGAUGAAGCUGGCGCGCGCCGAUCCGCUUCCGCCGGCGCGCCUGUACGGAAUCAUCAUCUGCGGUGAUCAAGUGCGGCUGUACACCGAGUUCCCCCGGGGCCACGAGUACCACGAGACGGGGAUGCUGCAGUUCCAGCACCAGGGACGCGAGGUGUUCUCCUCGCGCCGGGACGAGGCGGUGUUCCGUGAGUUCAUGGACGUGGUGCAGGCACUGCGGUACGAGGACUUGGAGCGCGGGCAGGUCGAUCGGGCGUACGCGAAGAUCCGCAGCGGGGAGCUGCCACCCCCGGAGGAGCGGGCGACGCCGGAAAAUCGAGGGCCCUGGAAGGUCCUUAGUGUCCACGACUGGUCGGAGGUGGACGAGGAGCAGGUCCCGACCGUGUCUCCAAGUAAUCUGGACGAUUCCCCCGUGAUGUGGAAGGUGCAUGUCACUGACCGGAGGAAGGUGAUCUGGGGUCCGAAGCGCGCGAGACGCUGA